UCAAAUCAAUCAUUCUAAACGUGUCAAAACAAAAUAAAACAGAGCUUUUUGCCGACAAAGUAGAAUGAUUAAUUAUUGGUAAACUUAAACUUAUCAAUAGUUUUCAAGGUGGUAAAUCUACAUUUUUAACAUCAUGAUGUGGACAACUAAAACUUUUUUAACAAAGACAAAACGCGGUAACAUUUUAAAAAUUGUUAGGGAGCACUAUUUACGCGACGAUUUAUUAUGUGGCUCAUCUGCUUGCAACCAUUGCCCACAUAAAGAAAAUGAAUACGUGUUAGAAGCUAAGCCUCAGUCUAUCUGCGCUCUCUUUGAUUACGACCAUUAUCUUGUAUUGGACACCAAUGUGGUAUUACAUCAAAUAGACAUUCUCGAGGAGGAGGCUUUGAAGAAUGUUAUCAUUUUGCAAACAGUACUGGAAGAAGUUAAGCAUCAAAAUACAGCUAUAUUUCAAAGAUUAUUAGAGAUUAUUGGUAACAAAAAGAGGAGAUUUUAUUCUUUUGUGAAUGAACACCAUAAAGAUACUUAUGUUGAAAGAAAACCCGGUGAGAAACAGAAUGAUAGAAAUGACCGAGCUAUACGUAAGGCAGCGUCUUGGUAUGCAUCUCAUUUGAGUGUAAAUAAUUUGAAGGGACAGAUUCCACAGAUUGUGUUACUAACAGAUGAUGAGAAUAAUAGAAAGAUUGCUCAAGAUGAAGGCAUUGUGUGUUGUUCAGUUAAAGAUUACAUAGAAAAUGUUAAUGGAUUUGUGGGACUUAUUGACAAAUUAUCGAAAAACGUUAUGCCAGAAAGCUGUUCGAAAGAUGCUUUGUAUCCCGCACAUUUGACUCCGAGUCAGGUUCAUGCAGGCAUUAGGAAUGGAAAGUUGUAUCAGGGAACUUUUUACGCCUCACGAGAUAAUUAUUUAGAAGGUUCAGCUGUCAUAAGUUGCUUUGAAAAGCCGAUUCUUUUACAAGGUCAUAUUGGUAUUAACCGAGCAGUUGACGGCGACAUUGUUGCUAUAGAAGUAUUACCGAAGGAGGAAUGGCGGAAGCCCAGCGAUAUAGUUUUAGAAGACAAAGCAGAUGACCAAGGGGAUCUUCUAGAGGAAGAGUCAGAAUUACUGCCAACUGUGAAACCAAAGGAUAAAAGUGAUGAAGAAAUAACACCAACAGGAAAAGUUGUAGGAAUAAUAAGAAGGAAAUGGAGGCAAUAUUGCGGGAUAUUAAAACCUAGCAAAUUUUCAGGAGCAACACGCCAUUUAUUUACUCCAGCUGAGAGGAAGAUUCCUCAUGUACGUAUAGAGACACGUCAAAGUGACGUACUAGCCUCGCAAAGGAUACUUGUAGCUCUCGACUCUUGGCCUAGAAACAGUCGAUAUCCUUUAGGACAUUUUGUUCGCUCUUUAGGACCUAUUGGUGACAAGAAUGCAGAGAAUGAGGUAAUUUUACUGGAACAUGACAUACCUCAUGCUCGGUUCAGUGAGUCAGUGCUGGCCUGUUUGCCACCUGAAGACUGGACCAUACCGGAGGAAGAGAUAAAGAAGCGCGUAGACCUGCGUUCAGUGUGCAUAUGCUCCGUGGACCCGCCCGGCUGCACGGACAUCGACGACGCGCUGCACGCGCGCGCGCUGCCCGGCGCCGCAACCGUCUACGAGGUGGGCGUGCACAUCGCUGACGUCACCUACUUCGUGCGCCCGCACACCGCGCUCGAUACCGAAGCCGCUUCCAGAUCCACUACUGUAUAUCUAGUGGAUAAAAGAAUCGAUAUGGUGCCUGAUCUUCUAAGUUCCAACCUGUGUUCUCUGCGCGGCGGCGAGGAGCGGCUGGCCUUCUCCUGCGUCUGGCACAUCGAUGAGAACGCCAACAUUCUCUCAACUAAGUUCCACAAAAGUGUUAUAAAGUCUCGUGCAGCGAUGACGUACGAGGAGGCGCAGCUGGUGAUAGACGACGAGUCCCGCGAGGACGAGGUGGCCACCUCGCUGCGCACGCUCAACGCGCUCGCCAAGAGACUGAAGCAGAAGAGGCUGGACAACGGCGCCUUACUGCUCGCCUCGCCCGAGAUACGCUUCCAGGUGGAUUCGGAGACGCACGACCCCGUGGAGGUGCAGGCUAAGAAGAUGCUGGAGACCAACUCUUUGGUGGAGGAGUUCAUGUUGCUGGCCAACGUGAGCGUGGCGGAGCGCCUCGCGCGCGACUUCCCGCAGUGCGCGCUGCUGCGCCGCCACCCCGCGCCGCCGCCCGCGCACUUCCACACCUUUCUCAAGGCCGCCAAGCAACAGGGCUUCGAAAUAGAUAUAUCAACGAACAAAUCAUUGUCAGCGUCCUUAGACCGCGCAGUGAUACCGUCUCGUCCGUUCUUCAACACGCUGCUGCGUAUAAUGGCGACGCGCUGCAUGCAGCAGGCCGUGUACUUCGCCAGCGGCGAGCGCUCGCACGACGACUUCUACCACUACGGCCUCGCCUGCCCCAUAUACACGCAUUUUACAUCUCCUAUACGAAGAUACGCGGACGUGAUGGUGCACCGGCUGCUGGCGGCGAGCGCGGGCGCGGAGGCGACGCACGCGGCGCUGCUGGACGCGCGCGUGGCCGCCGCGCUCUGCCACAACCUCAACUACCGCCACCGCCAGGCGCAGCUCGCCGGCCGCGCCUCCGUCGCACUCAACACGCACAUAUUAUUCAAGAACCGUGUUGAGAUAGAAUCAGCGAUGGUGUUAGCGGUGAAGAGGAACGCCCUACAAGUGCUCAUACCUAAGUACGGCUUGGAGGGACCGAUCUACUUGCCCUCGGAUAAGUUCAUGUACAAUGAGGAGGAACAUAUACAAGUUUGUGGUGAUAUAGUGUUAAAAACGUUCGAUGAAUUAACGGUGCGGCUUACACUGGACAGCAGCAACCUACAGCACAGGAAGCUGGUGUUCCAGCUGGUGCGCCCCUGUGUACCCGGCUUUAGCUACCAACCUGAUGAUGCACAAAUGGACGUAGAAGUCCUAGAUGUGGAGACAACAGAAGUUAAAAAAUCUCUCAAAACCCCCAAUAAACGGAAAAAUACUGAUUCAACGAAAAAGAAGAAACUCAAGAAGUAAUAUGUAUAGCGUGUAAAUAUAUGUUUUUUAACUAA